UUUUACGGGUAAACUUUGUUUUCUAGUUAAAAUCUUUAAUACUUACAUUUAACACACACAAAAAAACCAAAUCCAGCUUUUCACUAAACAGCACAGUAAACCCGCAUCAAAUUCACGAUUCAUAAUCAUGUACUUCUCUCUCUCUCUCUCACUAGCAAAUCCGAAACUCAGUCUUCUUUCUCUCUCUGUCCAAAAUAUAAAACCAAAUAACUAACGCAAUAAUCAAUAUAAUUUCAUCCUUAUUUUCUACCAAAAACAAAAACAAAUCAACCAAAAAACAAAAACACGCAAAAAAUCAAAAAUCUACCCUCAAAUUCCAUCCAAAUGAUUCCCCCCAAAUUAAUUCCUCAGAUCCAUUUCGCUUUCUUUCCUUCUUUAUACGUCUCAAAUUAACACUUAAAACCUUCCCCAACUUCUCCUGCUCACAACAAUAACAACAACAACCACAAAGAAGAAGAAAAUAUAUACAGUAGAGAGAGAAAGUAAAACGAUGUCGUGUCAAGUUGUGAAAGUGAGGAGAGAGAAAAUUGCCGCAUGCAUGACAUGCCCUCUCUGCAAUAAGCUUCUCAAAGAAGCCACCACCAUCUCUCUUUGUCUUCAUACGUUUUGCAGGAAGUGCAUUUACAGAAAGAUUUCAGAUGAGGAUGUUGAUAGCUGUCCGGUGUGUAACAUUCACCUGGGCUGUAUUCCAGAGGAAAAACUCAGGCCGGAUCACAAUCUUCAAGAUAUUAGGGCCAAGAUUUUUCCUCUUAGAGGAAGAAAGGUUGAGGCACCUGAAGUUGCCCCUUCAGUUUCCCCACCUGCUAAGAGAAAGGAGAGAUCACUGUCAUCUUUAGUGGUGAGCACACCUAGAGUAUCCAUGCAGGCUGGUGUCACUGGUAGAAGAACAAGAGCUGGUGUAAGGAAAAGUUCGGCUCCAAGGGGUGCAAGUCCCGCCACUGAAGAAACUCCUAAAAAGGAGGAUGAUUCCAUGGAAGAACGCCUUGAUGGAUCAAGCUCACCCGAGACACUGAAUAAAAUCAUACAAAAUAAGAAGCAGAGUUCUUCUGUCAAAUUUUCAAAUGAUCAAAAUCGUGGUGAACACUUGGAGAAUAGCAAUGAAGGGCGAGAAGGAAAAGUUGAUUUAUGGAAGCCCUUAAACACUCUUGUUGAGGCUGCAAAUAGAAGCAAGUUUUCUAAGGCGAAUUUGCAAGGGCCUUCUCAUGUUAAAGCAGACCCAUCUUGUUCUGGAGAUGCCGAUAUAAGUACGAAUAAGACCAUAACGGAAGAGAAUGGACAGAGAGCUGAUGUCCAGGAUAGCAAAAGUGGCAUGCCAACUGUCGCGGGGCCAGCAAAACGUAAGAGGCUACGUCCGCCAAACAGGAACCGGUCGACAGCAACUGCAGAAUCAUGCAGUCCGCAGGACAUGGUAAAUGAGGCACGUAGAAAUUGGAAAGACGGUCCAAUUUGGUUUUCAUUGGUUGCUUCUGAGGAUCCGGAAGGAGGUGAACCCCUGCCACAAAUAUCUGCAGCUUUCUUGAGAGUAAAGGAUGGAAGCAUGCCUGUAUCCUCUAUUCAGAAAUACGUUGUUAAGAAACUUGAUCUCUCGAGUGAGGCAGAGGUCCAAAUAAUGUGCCAAGGACAGCCAGUGUUGCCUCACCUGAAACUAAGCAGCCUUUUGGAUGCAUGGCUUCGCACUUCAUCGACCCAAGAGAAGGUACAGACUUCUGUAGGUGACUCUGCCAAGGAGUUUGUGAUGGUCCUCUCAUAUUCGCGAAAAGUUGCAGCCCCAAUUUCGUGAUGCUGCAGUAAUAAAGGCCUUGACUUUUCCCCUUUUAUCAUCUUCUCUUAGUUUAAUACAGUGUUAGGAUCAUUAUUAGUCUGCUGGAACAAUUUUCUCUGAGAUGAAGUUAUUGUAAGAGUUCACAAUUUUAUUUAUUAUUAUAGAACUACAGAUUGGUUGUUUGCGCAUUGCAAUAUGCAACCUAUCAAUGUAAAUGAGGUUGGACAUCACAGUUCUUCUUAGAUGGUAUAGAAGAUGAUAAAUUACAAACAA